AUGGCUCCGAUGCGUUCUCGACGAAAAGCCCCCAGACGCUCGUAUAAAUCCAAAUACGUGGCAAAACGCGUUUUCGAAAGUCCAGAGCUAGUUGCUGAGAUUGCCAACUGGUUGGUGAAAGACUUGGCGAGUCGCUCCAAUGAUGGACUAUAUCAGAGUCACCAUGCUGAGCCUAUGUGGCCAUAUUUGAAAAUUAAUGAAGUAUGGCGCACGGGGGGGAACAGGCUGUCCUGGAAGAGUCCUAUUUGUUUCAGACUGAACGAGAUCUUCGAGAACGUCUCUCUAACUCGUCGACAACAGUAUGCUGACCAUGUGCAAAAUGCAUUACUGGUUACUGUCAGUGACAACAAAAUCAGGGCUUCUGAUUCUGCGCUUCGGGGUGUUAAUUUUCCCAAGUUAAGGCGGUUGAGUUUACACAUUGCUGCUACAAAUGAACACUUUAGCACGAUAUAUGACACGUUUAUCGAUGGAAUCCAUAUUCCAUGCAUCCAAGGAGAGUCUGUGACCAUACUUUCUAUCAACAACUGCUGUAACCGUUGCCAAUUUGGGAAAUCGACCUUCCAUCGUGGGAAACGAUAUCUUUAUGGCUUACCAGAUGAAUGGGAAAGACUAUUCAAACGAAUAUCGGUAACUCAAUCAUAUGAAUAUAUGAUCGCUAAAUUGAUACAAACCAUAUAUGCAUACCACCAAAGAUUCUUGAGCGUUUCAAAUGUCGACACCCGGCUCUUCAGAUUUUAG